AUGAAUAUAGGAAGUGAUAUAGAUAGUGACAUUGACAUGAUUAAUGAUAUUAGAGCUCCAAAAGAAAGAAGAUUUCGCGAACGUGUAGAUUUCAUGGAAACUUUGGACGAUCUUGAAUUUAUUUCAAGAUUUCGUGUCAGUAAAAUUUCUUUAAUGGAAUUAUUAAACGCAAUAGAGCCUUUAAUAGCACCUACAACUCAAAGUAAUAAUAAGAAUAAUAAUAAUACGAACAGUAUCAAAAACACCAGUAGCUAUUUCAAAGAGCAAUUUGUAUUAACUCAGCAUCAAACUAAUAAAUCAUUACGAAACAGUAAUAACAUGAAUAGCAAAAAAACUGAACAGGUGGUAUUUUAUACUCAGCAUUUAGCGCCAGAUCAAUUGUGUAAGGAAUAUGGUGAAACGAAUGAGAAUCGAAAAGAGAACACGUGUGAUGGUAAUCAUCCAUUAUUUAGAGACCGUAGUGCGGAGGAGACAGAGGCAGCACACGAUUUAUUAUCAUUAUCGCAAAGCUUACCGCCAUUGUCUGCCUAUCAAAUAACAGCCGUAACAAUCGUUCACUCCGAGUCGAAUUAUCAAUCGAAUGUACAAGAAAUUAAACCAGCAUCGCAUCAAUUGAUCGGUAAAUCAAAUGGAAUUCAUCGUACAAUGUCACCAUCAUCGAGAUUUGAUGUCUCAAUCAAUAAUGGUUAUGAUGUCACAACACAAAAUAUAUCACCUCUUACACCUCCUACCUCGGAACAUUCUUCCGAUGCUGAGACAAUUGGCCUAUCAUCCUCUUCCUCUUCAUCCUCAUCCUCGUCGUCGUCAUCAUCAAUUGAUGGAUCAUUAAAAGGUGAUAAAAAUGCUACAAAAAGUCGCAAACAUUCCACAUCAUCGUCGCUUCUUAUGAGUGCAUUGAGUAGUAAGAAAACGUCAGUAAUACACAGAGUCUCGUCAAAUAGUAGCACAUCUGCUGCUGAAUUAUAUACUUAUGAUGAUCUACUAUCGACUGAUGGCAGAUCAAAGAAUAAACGAAAAAGUUCCUCGAAAUCAGAAUGUGAAGACAGCGAUGAGAGUGACAAAAAAUCAAUUCACAGUAGUCAGAUUGUCACGAGCAAUGGAAAGUCAAAAUAUAAGUGUACAGAGUGUGGAAAGCAAUAUGCAACAUCAAGCAAUUUAUCGCGUCAUAAGCAAACACAUCGAAGUCUCGACUCACAGUCAGCUAAAAAAUGUCACACAUGUGGUAAGGCAUACGUCUCGAUGCCGGCACUUGCGAUGCAUUUAUUAACACAUAAACUCACACAUUCUUGUGGUGUGUGCGGUAAAAAGUUUUCGAGACCGUGGCUGCUGCAGGGUCAUUUGAGAUCACAUACGGGCGAGAAGCCUUACGGUUGUGGUCAUUGUGGAAAGGCUUUUGCCGAUCGAAGUAAUUUACGAGCUCAUAUUCAAACCCACUCACUUGAUAAAAGCUAUGAGUGCAGCAGAUGUCACAAGACAUUCGCAUUAAAAUCGUAUUUAAAUAAACAUUUAGAGUCUGCAUGCUUUAAGGACGAUGCAAACAUUCAAUAUCGUAGUGAUGAUGAGGAUGAGGAUAUUAUUGUGACGUAA